UUCGCUCCUCUGACCCUUGUCCUAAAGGCUAAAACCCAAUGAACACCCGUUUCGAAAGUCACUCUCAGCUCUCUAUUUCUCUCUCUUUGGAAGCGCAGUAGCGUCUAUUCCAAGUCAGAUACUCUCUUCUCGUGCCUGCUUUUUUGGUUGCUUCUGGAAGCCUAGGGUUUUGACGGUCGGUGAGAGUCGGGACUUUGUGAAGUUUGGGGGACUUCUGUGUUUGGAGACGCGAUGGCGACGAUGGAGAGCUUGAUUGGGUUGGUGAACCGGAUCCAGAGAGCUUGCACCGUGCUCGGAGACUACGGCGGCGGAGACAGCACUUUCUCUUCUCUCUGGGAAGCUCUUCCCUCCGUCGCCGUCAUCGGUGGCCAGAGUUCAGGAAAAUCGUCGGUAUUGGAGAGCAUUGUUGGGCGUGACUUUCUUCCAAGAGGAUCAGGGAUCGUUACGAGGCGGCCGUUGGUGUUGCAGCUUCACAAGACGGAGGAGGGUUCACCGGAGUACGCUGAGUUCCUUCACCUCCCUAGGAGGAAAUUCACUGAUUUCGCCCUGGUUCGCAAGGAAAUUCAGGACGAGACUGAUAGAAUAACUGGGAAGACGAAACAGAUAUCUCCUGUUCCUAUUCAUCUCAGUAUCUACUCUCCAAAUGUUGUCAACUUGACCCUGAUUGAUCUACCUGGUUUGACAAAAGUUGCUGUUGAGGGACAACCUGAAAGUAUUGUUCAAGAUAUUGAAAGCAUGGUUCGAACUUAUGUUGAGAAGCCCAAUUCUAUCAUAUUAGCAAUAUCUCCAGCCAAUCAAGAUAUUGCAACUUCUGAUGCUAUCAAACUUGCCAGGGAAGUGGAUCCUGCUGGUGACCGGACAUUUGGUGUGUUGACGAAGCUGGAUUUGAUGGACAAAGGAACUAAUGCAAUGGAUGUUCUUGAAGGAAGAUCUUAUCGACUGCAAUAUCCUUGGGUUGGAGUUGUGAACCGUUCACAAGCUGACAUUAAUAAAAAUGUUGACAUGAUACUUGCGAGGCGCAAGGAGCGUGAGUACUUUGCAACCAGUCCUGACUAUGGGCACUUAGCUAAUAAAAUGGGUUCAGAGUAUCUUGCAAAACUUCUCUCUAAGCACUUGGAGUCUGUGAUUAGGGCUCGGAUUCCAAGUAUAACAUCUUUGAUAAACAAAAGCAUUGAUGAACUUGAGUCGGAGAUGGAUCAUCUUGGUAGACCUAUUGCUGUUGAUGCUGGGGCUCAAUUAUACACUAUCUUGGAACUUUGCCGUGCUUUUGACCGAAUUUUCAAGGAGCACUUGGAUGGAGGGCGGUCUGGAGGUGAUCGGAUUUAUGGAGUCUUUGACAACCAGCUUCCUGCUGCUUUAAGGAAGCUUCCAUUUGAUAGGCAUCUUUCUCUACAGAAUGUAAGAAAAGUGGUUUCAGAAGCAGACGGGUAUCAGCCACACUUGAUUGCCCCCGAGCAAGGUUACCGGCGCCUAAUUGAGGGGGCACUUAAUUAUUUCAGAGGUCCAUCUGAAGCUUCUGUGGAUGCUGUACACUUUGUUUUGAAAGAACUCGUGAGAAAGUCAAUAGGAGAAACUCAGGAGUUGAAGCGCUUUCCAACUCUUCAAGCUGAAAUAGCUGGUGCUGCUAAUGAGGCCCUGGAAAGGUUCCGCGAAGAUAGUAAGAAGACAGUUAUUCGAUUGGUGGACAUGGAAUCAUCAUAUUUGACUGUGGAUUUCUUUAGAAGACUUCCCCAGGAAGUGGAGAAAGCCGGAAACCCGGCUGCUGCCUCAACCAUGGACCGGUACACAGAGGGGCACUUUAGGAGAAUAGGCUCGAAUGUGUCCUCUUACGUGGGCAUGGUUUCUGAGACCCUGAAGAACACAAUUCCCAAGGCUGUGGUUUUUUGUCAAGUCAAGGAGGCUAAACAGUCAUUGCUAAAUCACUUCUAUACACAAAUAGGGAAGAAAGAGGGUAAGCAGCUUGCACUGUUGUUGGAUGAAGACCCUGCGUUGAUGGAGAGGAGGCAACAGUGUGCGAAAAGGCUUGAAUUAUAUAAGGCAGCAAGGGACGAGGUUGAUUCCGUAUCAUGGGUCCGCUGAGAUUGAUUGCUGUCCGUAGAUGCCUUGUAUUAUAUAGUUCAACAUACGGUGGGUCAGCUUCUUACUGAAUUUGUUAAAUUCUUGGAGAGAGCUAGCCUAGGUUCUCUCUCACAAUCUUUGCUCUUUGAUUUUGUCGUGCAAUUUUUUUAUUAUAUUGUUGUAUUUAAAUCCGGAUGCUUGUUUUGCUACAUAUAUGACAACGCAUAAGGUUGAUUUAGCUUA